ACAGUCACUGCUUCGUCUAACUUCAAGCAACCAAAUUCUCGUCAGCUGUACGCAAAAUCUUUUUUCUCAGUUCCGAAUUUAGAACUUCAAUGGCGCCCAAGGCAGAGAAGAAGCCAGCGGAAAAGAAACCAGCAGCGGCUGAGAAAGCACCGGCGGAGAAGAAGCCACGAGCAGAGAAGAAGCUGCCGAAGGAUGGCGCAAGCGAUAAGAAGAAGAAGAAGGCAAAGAAGAGCGUGGAGACAUACAAGAUUUACAUAUUCAAGGUCUUGAAGCAAGUUCACCCUGAUAUUGGGAUCUCCAGCAAAGCCAUGGGGAUUAUGAACAGUUUUAUCAAUGACAUUUUUGAGAAGCUUGCACAAGAGGCUUCCAGGCUCGCUAGGUACAACAAGAAGCCUACAAUCACUUCUCGGGAGAUUCAGACUGCUGUUAGGCUUGUCCUCCCUGGAGAGCUCGCCAAGCACGCCGUUUCUGAAGGGACUAAGGCUGUUACUAAGUUCACUAGCUCUUAGGGUUAGGAUUAGAGUUAUUGUGGCACAUCUUCCUUAGGGUUUUUCGAUGUAAAGAGUUGGAUUAUUACCAUGAAUGAGGUUCUAAUUGUAGUUUCCUGCAUUUGAAUCAAUGGAAUUCCUGAUUUAACUCUUAAA